UCCUGGGAGGCCGGCGACGUCCGGUGAAAUCCAAGAUGGCGGCGCUCGGUUGAGUGUGCUGUCGGUGACAGAAGUGUCGCCCCCGGCCUCCUGACGCCCCGCGAGGGACCUUGCGCCGCUCCUCGCCAUCGCAAUUAUGUCUGGGCCCGGCAACAAACGCGCCGCCGGCGACGGGGGCUCAGGGCCCCCUGAGAAGAAGCUGAGUCGCGAGGAGAAGACUACAACCACUCUAAUUGAGCCCAUUCGGCUUGGGGGCAUCUCUUCCACGGAGGAGAUGGACUUGAAGGUUCUGCAGUUCAAGAACAAGAAACUAGCGGAGCGGUUGGAACAGCGUCAAGCCUGUGAAGACGAACUCCGAGAACGAAUUGAAAAAUUGGAAAAGCGGCAGGCCACAGAUGAUGCCACUCUCCUAAUUGUCAAUCGCUACUGGGCCCAGCUGGAUGAAACUGUGGAAGCCCUUCUCCGAUGCCACGAGAAUCAGGGGGACAUGUCUGCAGGGACAGAGCCACCUGGGGCCCAGGAGGGACCUACUCGCGAUGUGAUCCCUCUCACAGAGCCAGGGACUUCGGAUCUAAGGGAGGCCUUGCCCAUGCAACUGAGACCUCCUCUUAGUGAGCCAGCCUUGGCCUUUGUGGUAGCACUGGGUGCCAGCAGCAAUGAAGAAGUGGAACUGCAGCUGCAGGGACGGAUGGAGUUUUCCAAGGCAGCGGUGUCCCGAGUAGUAGAGGCGUCAGACCGCCUGCAGCGCCGGGUGGAGGAGCUCUGUCAGCGAGUAUACAGCCGAGGGGAUAAUGAACCCCCCAGUGAAGUGGCACGGGCACACACCCGGGAGCUGGGUCGUGAGAACCGGCGGCUACAGGACUUGGCCACUCAGCUCCAGGAGAAGCAUCAUCGCAUCUCAUUGGAGUAUUCUGAACUCCAGGAUAAAGUAACAUCAUCAGAGACUAAGGUGCUUGAGAUGGAGACAACAGUGGAGGACUUGAAGUGGGACAUUGAGAAGCUGCGCAAACGAGAACAAAAGCUCAAUAAGCACUUAGCAGAAGCCUUGGAGCAGCUCAACUCUGGGUACUAUGUCUCUGGGAGCUCCUCAGGCUUCCAGGGGGGUCAGAUCACACUCAACAUGCAAAAGUUUGAGAUGUUGAAUGCAGAGUUGGAGGAAAACCAGGAAUUGGCCAACAGUCGUAUGGCAGAGUUGGAGAAGUUGCAGACAGAGCUUCAGGGGGCUGUGCGGACUAAUGAACGCCUCAAGGUGGCCUUGCGGAGCCUUCCUGAGGAGGUGGUUCGUGAGACGGGGGAGUACCGAAUGCUGCAGGCCCAGUUCUCCCUGCUCUACAACGAGUCUCUACAAGUGAAGACCCAGCUGGAUGAGGCUCGGGGACUGCUGCUGGCCACCAAGAACUCCCACUUGAGACACAUUGAACACAUGGAGAGUGAUGAGCUGGGGCUGCAGAAGAAGCUGCGCACGGAGGUCAUACAAUUGGAAGACACGCUGGCCCAGGUGCGCAAGGAGUAUGAGAUGCUGCGCAUUGAGUUUGAACAGAACCUAGCUGCCAACGAGCAGGCAGGGCCCAUCAACCGGGAGAUGCGCCACCUGAUUAGUAGUCUCCAGAACCAUAACCACCAGCUAAAAGGGGAUGCCCAGCGAUAUAAGCGGAAGCUUCGAGAAGUUCAGGCUGAGAUUGGCAAACUCCGGGCCCAAGCCAGUGGCUCUACCCACCCCAUCCCCAACCUGGGUCACCCAGACGAUCCUGGCCUUAGUGCCCCAGCUCCAGGGAAAGAAGAGUGUGGUCCAGGUCCUGUAGGUACCCCUGACAGCAGAAAGGAGAUGGCUUUAGUGCCUGGUGCCACCACCACUACUUCCUCAGUGAAGAAAGAGGAGCAGGUCCCCUCAGAAGAGGAUGCCCAGGCCUUAACUCCUGGAGCUCAAGGCCCCUCUUCCAGGGGUCGAGAACCUGAGGCCAGGCCCAAAAGAGAACUUCGGGAACGAGAGGGGCCAGGUGUGGGAACCCCACCUGUAGCCUCAGCUCUCUCAAGGGUGGAUCGAGAGAAGGCCAAAUUAGAAGAAGCCAAGAGAAAAGAAUCAGAACUGCUCAAAGGUCUCCGAGCGGAGCUCAAGAAGGCCCAGGAGAGCCAAAAGGAAAUGAAGCUGCUGCUCGAUAUGUAUAAAUCAGCCCCCAAGGAGCAGCGGGACAAGGUGCAGCUCAUGGCGGCUGAACGCAAGGCCAAGGCCGAGGUCGAUGAGCUAAGGAGCCGUAUCCGAGAACUGGAAGAGAGGGAUCGAAGGGAGAGCAAGAAGAUUGCCGACGAGGAUGCCCUAAGGCGCAUCCGUCAGGCUGAGGAGCAGAUCGAACACCUGCAGCGCAAGUUGGGUGCCACCAAGCAGGAGGAGGAAGCUCUGCUGUCAGAGAUGGAUGUGACAGGUCAGGCUUUUGAGGACAUGCAGGAACAAAAUGGACGGCUGCUACAGCAGUUGCGUGAAAAGGACGAUGCCAACUUUAAGCUGAUGUCAGAGCGGAUCAAGGCCAACCAGAUUCACAAGUUGCUUCGAGAGGAGAAGGAUGAGUUGGGCGAGCAGGUUCUUGGCCUCAAGUCCCAGGUGGAUGCCCAGCUGUUGACCGUACAGAAGCUGGAGGAAAAGGAGCGGGCCUUGCAGGGCAGUCUUGGUGGUGUGGAGAAGGAACUGACACUGCGUAGCCAGGCCCUGGAGCUCAACAAAAGGAAGGCUGUGGAGGCGGCCCAGCUGGCUGAGGAUCUAAAGGUGCAGCUGGAGCACGUGCAGACCCGGCUAAGGGAGAUCCAGCCCUGCCUGGCAGAGAGCCGGGCUGCCCGAGAGAAAGAGAGCUUCAACCUCAAGAGGGCUCAGGAGGACAUCUCUAGGCUGCGACGCAAACUGGAGAAGCAGAGGAAGGUAGAAGUUUAUGCAGAUGCUGAUGAAAUCCUGCAGGAGGAGAUCAAGGAGUAUAAGGCGCGGUUGACCUGCCCUUGCUGUAAUACCCGCAAGAAGGAUGCGGUCCUUACCAAGUGUUUCCACGUGUUCUGCUUCGAGUGUGUGCGGGGCCGAUAUGAGGCCCGCCAGAGGAAGUGCCCCAAGUGCAAUGCAGCCUUUGGCGCCCAUGAUUUCCACCGUGUCUACAUCAGCUGAACCUGAAAUUUGGGGGACUUUUGGAAGACUCAUGGACCUAAGGGGCUGCUCCUCCCCACCCCAGGUUCAGUGGCCCCUCCAUUCCAUACCCUUUAGCCCCAAGCCCCCCCUGUCUAGUUGGUUUGGUGGCACUGGUGCAUGCUAACGGGAGUGGGAUGAGCCAGGCUCAGCUCCAUCCUUUGCUGAAGGGCAGAGCCGCUGCUCACGGGGCUCUCCCUGGGACCCAGAGCACUCAGCUGAGCUAGAAUCUGGCCCUAAUCUUGCUCCUGUUUUCCACAGACCCAUCCAACCCCUAAGGAGGGAUUCCCCCACCCAGGAGGAGGCUCUCUACUUGCCUACACACAGUAAGGAGCAGGAAUGGGCCAAGGGCUCAGCUUCUUGCCCAAGACAGGCCCUGGGUUCCUGGGACUUUCUAAACCUACUUACCCACCAAUCCUGGACAGGGCUUUGGACACUGGUGUGGCUCUUGUGCCAAGAGCUAAAGGAGCUAUCCCCUGAGGGCACUGUCCUUAUUUCUGGGAAGCUCUGCAGUUGCUGUGGUCACCAUCCUCUUGGAGUGCUGAACCGUGAUCACGUUUCUCCUAACCAACUCCCAAUCUCUGCUGCUCUCCCAGGCCCACCUAGCUCUACCCCAUGCAUCCCACUGGACCCUCACCUUGCUUUCAUCCUGGUGGCCUUAACUGCAGUGUAGGUGAAACUUCCCAGGAGGGGGAGGGGAAGACUAGCCGCAGCCACUGGGCCAACUUCUGAUCAUUCCAAGUAGAAGAGCUUUACCCAACACCGUGUGACUGAACCUGUACCAGGGAUCCUGUGCACCUUCCCAGGCUGGCUCCAUGGUCUAUGAAAGCAGCACCAGGGGGUGCCUGGGAGAGGCUGCUGACAGAUGCAGGGACCCAUUUAGACACUGCCUGUGCUCUAGAGAUGUCUUACACAGGCAGUUAAUUGUUACAAAUAAACAUCCAGCCUUCAACC